UAAGUUAUACCUUGGGACCAACCGUACCUUCUCCGUAGGUCGCUGUCCCUCCGUCACCGCCGCAGAGGUACUUGUUCACGCCUUUUCCGCUUCCUGCGCCGUCCGGCUCGGUCGAAGCUUACCACCUUCCUCCUUCCUUCCUCCCUCCCCCCUCUCACUCCCCUCCUCCUCCCUCUCCCUCCCUCCUGCCCCUCCGUCGCCACCUAUUCUUUGCAGGUUGCGCGGAGCGUCGUGUAUUCUAUACUAGGCCUUCUCUUUUUGUGCAGCGCAGGAUUUUCUCUGUUCUGCCUACGAAGGGAAAGAAAGAGGCAGCGGACUCGAGCAGCUGCCGCCACCGACUUGGCCAGACGUACUCGAGUGGGCGGCUACUACUGCUAGUCGGCGCAGAAAUUGUGUCUCGCAUUUUUUUUCUUUGAUUUUGGGGCGCCUCUCUCUUUGCUGGGUUCCUCGCCUCGCUCCCCGCCAACACCGAGUCUCCGGUGCUGGGAGCCCACCUUCAAUCGCCUCCGCCGUGACGUGACGCUACCCUCGCCGCCCGCGCUCAAUUCCAACCACCGGACCACCCCCACGGCUCGGUCCAACGCGAUCUGCGACAACAACACACGCCGCCCCGACGGAGCACCGAGCACCGUCGCCGCGCCUCGGCCUCCUCAUUCGGGCUCAAUCGGCUGUCUUCCUUCCCCUACAGCGCACCCGUGUCGCAUCCUUUCCACGACGCACCCUUUCGCGGCUCGAGUCGAGUCUCCUCAUCCGUAGCUCGCUCGGCUGCGCUUCCUCGGUCACGGUUCGCUCCGCGACCCAAGACGAGCGAACUGGUCGUCUCUGUCCGGCCUGCCGUCCCACUUCACCGUACGUGGUGACAAAAGGACGAGGCGGAUCGCGGCAUCUCGACCACAGCGCCCAGCAGCAUGGGUGCUUUCGCGCAAUGCCCGUGGCCGAUAUGGCGGGUUGACGACCUGCUGCCGUGCUUUCAAACAGAGUUUGUGCUUCCCAUGCCGCCGCCCGCGUGCUGCUGCAUCAAUGCCGUUGCACAGACGUCGCUGACUGGGAACCAAUAGUUAUCUCAGCAUCUUGUUACCGUUGAUCGUGAUUGGCAUCUCCUUUGCUCGCAUUGCCUGGGACAACCUCCCCCGCCUGCUUGCCCGCCACGGGUACAAGGGCUACAAGCCUGUGCCCAAUGGCCACACCGCCGCCGAAGACCACACCGGCCUCCCUCCCGAUGCGACCGCCGACAGCGACACUGAAGACGAUGGCGACCUUGAGAUCAACGGCGGUCGCCUGGCCCUCGCCAAGACGAUGAGCAGAGGCUCCCUAGUCCAGGCCGAUACCCCGGCGGGUCAGCGCCUGUCGCAAGCGGUCGAGGAGCUGGCCAUCGUUGCUCUCGUCAUUGUCAAUGUCAUCGCGCUCGUCUCUGGCGCGUAUCGGUACCAGCGCGGCACCCUUGCCGCCAUUGUUGGUCUCGUCACCUGGGUCUACGUCCUCAUCCUGGCCUCGCUUCGACUUUCUCUCGGCACCUCCAAGUGGCGCAUUCCGCACCUCUGGAAUCACACCGCCGCCAUUUACGCGCUCAGCUGGGUCUUCAACAUCUUCAUCUUCCGCUCCGCCAUGAUCCACCCAAGUAGCCGCAUGGCCCAAAUCCUCGUCAUCAUCGAGUUCGCCCUCAUCACACUGCUUUUCAGCAUGGCCAUUACGACUAGGAAGGGAAACAAGACGGUCCUGUUGGAGUGGGAGGAUGGCAUUGAGCCGUCGCGCGAGCCCCUGGCCAGUCUCUUCUCCCUGGCCACAUUUGCCUGGGUCGACGCCAUCGUGUACAAGGGCUGGAAGAGGUCUCUGGAGCUCGAGGACGUCUGGAACCUCCUGCCCAAGGACAAGGCGGCCGCCGUCAUCGCCGACUACCGACAGCUCAAGAAGACGGGCGCCCUCACGUGGCAUCUGCUCAAGUUCUUCAAGGGCAUGCUUCUCUACCAGUGCUUCCUCGCCUUUCUCUCCGGCCUCUUCACUUUUGCCCCCACCCUUUUGCUUCGAGCAAUCCUCGAGUACGUCGAGGAGCCCGACAUGGCGCCAAUCAACGUCCUGUGGCUUUACGUCAUUGGCAUGCCCGUCCUUGACACGAUUCGAUCCUUUGCCGACGGCAUGGCUCUUUGGACCGGUCGCAAAAUCUGCAUCCGCGUCCGAGCCAUCAUCAUUGGGGACAUUUAUGCCAAGGCGCUCCGUCGCAAGGCCGCCUCGGGCAAAGAAAAGGUCCUACUUGGCGACAAGCCUGCGCAAACCAAGAAGACGGACUCGGAUGGGGACAGCACCACCGCGGCCAAGAUCAAGAACGCCCUUGGCCUCGGAGGCAAGAAGAAGAAGAAUCCGGACAGCGACUCCGAGUCCGCCAACUCGGUUCCCAGCGUGGAAGAGCUGUCCAAGCUUGGCGACGACGAGCAGGCUAACCUGGGCACCAUCAUCAACCUCAUGUCCGUUGACAGCUUCAAGGUGUCCGAGGUGACGGCGUAUCUGCAUUUCCUCUGCGCCGCGGCGCCCACGCAGCUCGUCAUCUCCGUCGUGCUCUUGUGGCAGGUCAUGGGGCUCAGUGCCAUUCCCGGCCUCGUCGUCAUGGCCUUCUUGCUGCCCAUCAACUACUUCCUCGCGCGGGGCUUCAACAUCACCUCCAAGAAUAUUAUGAAGGCCACGGACAAGCGCAUCAACGUCACCAACGAGGUGCUUCAGAACAUUCGAAUCAUCAAGUACUUUGCCUGGGAGGAGCGGUUCGGCCGCAUCAUCGACGAAAAGCGACGAGCCGAGCUCAAUGCGCUGCGCUCGCGCUUCAUCCUCUGGGCAUGUGCCGUCGCCAUCUGGAACUCGGUUCCCGUUCUCAUCACCUUCUUCUCCUUCCUCGUCUAUACACUCAUCGAGAAGAAGCCUCUGUACCCGUCCAUCGCCUUCACCGCCAUCUCGCUCUUCAUGCUCCUGCGCGUCCCGCUCGACCAGCUCGGCGACAUGUUUGCUCACGUGCAGGAGGCCAAGGUUUCGGUCGACCGUGUCGAGGAGUUCCUCAAUGAAGAGGAAACGGAAAAGUACGACCAGCUGGGCCUCGACAAUGUCGACGAGGACGGCGUCAAGCGCAUCGGGCUCAGGGACGCGACCCUCAUCUGGGGCGGCAAAGACUCGGUCGGCGAGGACGGCUCGCGGGCCUUCCAGCUGCUGGACAUGGACGUCGACUUCAAGAUUGGCAAGCUCAACAUUAUUGCGGGCCCGACGGGAUCCGGCAAGACGUCUUUGCUCAUGGGUCUUUUGGGCGAGAUGACUCUGGUGAAUGGCCGCGUCUUUUGUCCCGGCGGUCGCAGCCGUGAGGAAGUUCGACCAGACCCGGAGACGGGACUCGCCGAUACAAUCGCCUACGUCGCCCAGGCGGCCUGGCUGGUCAAUGCCAACAUUCGGGACAAUAUCUUGUUCGCGGCACCAUACGACGAGCAGCGGUAUAGGGACGUCAUUGUCGCUUGUGCCUUGGAGCGCGACCUGGAGAUCCUCGACCACGGCGACGAGACGCUGGUGGGCGAAAAAGGCAUCACCCUCUCGGGUGGGCAGAAGCAGCGCAUCUCCCUCGCCCGCGCCCUGUACUCCAAUUCGGCACACGUGCUCAUGGACGACUGCUUGAGCGCCGUCGACUCGCACACGGCCCAGUGGAUCUUUACAAACUGCAUCAAGGGCCCGCUCAUGACGGGCAGGACGUGUAUCCUCGUCACUCACAACGUCUCUCUAUGCGUGCCGUCUGCCGACUUUGUCGUUCUUAUGGACAAUGGUCGCGUCGCCGCCCAGGGAUCUGCGCAAGAGCUGAUCAGCUCUGGCAAGUUUGGCGAGGACAUCCAAAGGUCCAGGCCUCCGUCGGCGUGUGGCUCCCGUGUCCCCAGCCGCGUGCCGUCAAGCGUCGGUGACGAGACAAUGGUCAACGGCAACGGCGAUGCGCUCGACGGAUUGUCUAAGAAGAUCAAGUCCAAGAAGCCGCAGGUGGACGCCAUGGACGAGGGCAAGGCUACGGGCGCCGUCAAGUGGCCCGUCAUGAAGAUCUAUCUCAAGUCUAUGGGGCCUUGGUGGUUCUGGAUCGUCACGAUCGUCGUGUUCAACCUUCAGCAACUCGCAACAGUCGCCACCAACGUGUGGGUGCGAGAGUGGGCCAACAAGUACGUCGAGGAGGACACGUCCCGCGUGGCCUUGAGCUCUGCCUCUCACGGAUACGGAGUCCAGUCGUUUGCCAAGGGCACGUGGGCUACAGUCUCGCGACUGGGCGGCAACGGGUCUGGACAAGUCACGGCUGCCGUCGCGGACGGCCAGGUGCCCUUUUCGACGCCUGCGUAUCCCGAAGUCAACCUGGGCUACUAUCUGGCGGGGCUGGCCAUCAUUGGCACCGCCGGCGCCCUCGCCGCCUUCAUCAGGGACAUCUGGAUCUUCUUUGGAUCGCUGUCGGCGUCGAAGCGCCUUCACGACCGCCUCAUGUCCGCCGUGACGCGGGCCAAGUUCAAGUUCUUCGACGUGACGCCGCUCGGCCAGCUGAUGAACCGCUUCAGCAAGGACCUCGAGGCCGUGGAUCAGGAGAUUUCACCCGUGGCGAUUGGCGUCAUGUCGUGUGCGCUGUCUCUGGUGGUCACUGUCGUCUUGAUUGCCAUUAUCACGCCGGGAUUUCUUAUCGCGGCCGUGUUCAUUGCCGGGCUUUUCUACCUGGUGGCGACGUUUUACCUGCGUGCGUCUCGCGAUUUGAAGCGUCUCGAGUCGGUGCAACGCAGCCCGCUGUUCCAACAGUUUGGCGAGACGCUCAGCGGCAUGACGACAAUCCGGGCGUACGGCGACGAGCGGCGGUUCAUUCGGGACAACCUGCACAAGGUCAACACGCAGAGCCGGCCGUUCAUUUACCUGUGGGCGUGUAACAGAUGGCUCGCGCUCCGGGCGGACGCCCUGGGCAACACGGUAUCGUUUGCGGCGGGCGUCUUCAUCAUCCUGAGCCUGGGCAAGGUGGACGCGGGCGCGGCGGGCAUCUCGCUCAGCUACGCCAUGAACUUUACCGAGAACAUUCUGUGGCUCGUGCGACUGUACGGUAUGAACGAGCAAAACAUGAACGCCAUGGAGCGAGUCAAGGAGUACCUGGACCUGGAGCAGGAGGCGCCGCCGGUGCUCGAGGACAGCCGGCCGCCGGCGUCGUGGCCGGACAAGGGCAACGUCGAGUUUGUGCAGUACACGACGCGGUACCGCAGCGACCUGGAGCCGGUGCUCAAGAACAUUUCGCUCAAGAUCAAGGCGCGGGAGAAGGUGGGCAUCGUGGGACGGACGGGGGCGGGCAAGAGCUCGCUGGCGCUGGCCAUCUUCCGGGCGCUGGAGGCGGAGAAGGGCAAGAUUGUGAUUGACGGCAUCGACAUUGGGACGAUUGGGCUCAGGGACCUGCGCGACAACAUCACCAUUGUGCCGCAGGACCCGACGCUGUUCAUGGGGACGAUCCGGACCAACCUGGAUCCGUUUGACCAGUACACGGACGAGCAGAUGUUUGAGGCGCUGCGGCGGGUGCAGCUGAUCGGACCCGACGAGCCGUCAACAGUGCCGCCGACGCCGACGGUGGCAGGGGCCCCGGGAUCGGUGGGGGGUCGGUCGCCGGCGCCGUCGGUGAUGACGAACAAGAACGUGUUCCUGGACCUGGGGUCGGCGGUGGCGGAGUCGGGGUCGAACCUGUCGCAGGGGCAGCGGCAGCUGCUGUGCCUGGCGCGGGCGAUGCUGAAGAAGCCGACGGUGCUGGUGAUGGACGAGGCGACGGCGUCGAUCGACUACAGCACGGACUCGAAGAUCCAGGACACGAUCCGGGAGAUGACGGGGACGGUGAUUACGAUUGCGCACCGGCUGCAGACGAUUGUGGACUACGACAAGGUGCUGGUGCUGGACAAGGGCGAGGUGGUGGAGUUUGGGCACCCGUGGGAGCUCAUCAGCGACGUCGAGGGCUCGUUCCGCAGCAUGUGCGAGAUGAGCGGAGAGCUCGAGGUGUUGCUCAAGGCGGCCAAGAAGAAGUGGGACGAGGGCCAGCUGGUGGACGUGUCGUGAGUCUGUCUGUCUGCCUCCGUGCCUGCCUGGUUGCAGUCUUGUCGGGGAGAGCUGUACUUGUGUAUGUGAGAGAGAGAGGACGUGGUUUACUGUGGCCGUGGCUGCAUUGCAUACUGCAUGGAGCAUGAUUACACACGCAUUGGAUUGUUAGAAUGGCUCGAGAGAAAAGAAUAGCGGAAUAAUGGACAUGCUUCUCCACGGAAGUAUUUGCUAG